CCCAGGAACUAACAGCACAACUCCCCAGCAGUUAAGCCACAAUAUUAGCCCCUACUCUGCGUAUAAGUAAUUCACGAACGAGAGAUUGAGACGCAUCUCGGAAUAUGGAUUUUUUCUCAGGUUUAGGUCUACCAGGCCUGCCUUGCCCUCCCCAACGGCACUGCGACAGAGAAGACUCACAGUUCCAUCUCGCGACAGCGGUUAGUCUGAAACAGAGUCCAACCCGUGCUCCUCGAUAGACGGCCAUUUCGCCUAGGUACUGGAUGGCCUCCGCGACAGCCGCUACGGAGGAUAAGCGAGAGCUCAGCCGUCUGAGAUAUGAAGUCGAAAGUUAUUCCACCAGCAUCCACGAUGACGAGGCACGCUUCACCGUUCGCAGAAACGGCAAGGCCUUUUACAUCCGCGUUUCGCCGCCCCAAUUUGUCAAUUCGCCCGCCACGACUGAAAAGUACCUGUCAUACUUGGAGGUGCUCAAGUCGGGCGAGGAGGUAAUCAACGACAUAUUCGAUACUGACGUCCUCGAGUGGGCCACACAGCCGUUCGAGCCGUUUUUUGCUGAGCUCGCACCGAGCCCAGUGCCUCCCGAAUGCUAUAAGGACAUCAGGGUUACUUUGUGGGAGUCUCUCGACCCAGAUGUCAUCGUGCUUGCGUUAGAUGCCGUAGACGAAGAAUUACGACCACGCCAAGUUGAAACGGAACAUUCGCCCUUCAGACCGCCAGGUGCCUGGGUCGAGAGCGAUUUGCUCGACGACGUGGAAACUUGGACAACCAUUUACGAUCCGUCUAAGGUUAUAUUAAGCUUUGACAAUCCUGAAGAUGCGCUCUUCAAGCCGCCCCGUAAGGUCCUCAUCGACGAUGGUCAGACGGAGUGCUUCUUUAAGCCGUGCGAUUCCACAGUUCAGACUACGAACGAACUCAACGCCUAUAAAAAAAUCACCGCGGCCGGCCUAGGUCCUCAGCUGCACAUAUGUCGCCUUUAUGGCGUCGUGUACGACCACGGUCUUGUCGUAGGCUUAUUACUGACCUAUAUCGACCAUGGCGGCUGUCCUAUGUCUUCAAGGGUCGACCCCGAUUAUCCCCCCGCUCCGGUGAAACGACGGUGGGCGAGUCAGAUUGAUACCGCCCUCGCGGAGCUCCAUAAAGCCGGGAUCGUCUGGGGGGACGUCAAGGCCGAGAACGUGCUAAUCGACCAAGACGACAACGCGUGGAUAACCGAUUUCGGUGGCGGCUACACCCGAGGAUGGGUUAGCGAGAAGACGGCGGGGACGGUGGAAGGGGACCUGGAGGGCAUGGCCAAACUUAGACAAUAUAUAUUCCAGGUCGAAGGCCAGGAUCGCUGGUGGACGGGUUAGGAUGGCCUAUGCAGCAAAGGUUGGCUGGCGGUAGGGGGAAUGUAAUAAUACCUGCUUAGAAUAAGAAAAAGCCCUCCCGCGAUCGUCGGCGCACCUCAUAAAUGGUGACAAAGAUGGCAUAUGAUUAUUUGAUUUGCCCCGUGUACCUACCCAAUAUAACGGUCGAGAAAAAGUUUACAGCUACGUUGGAGUUCACGUCUCCAAUAAAGGACAUCGAUGGGUCAAUAGCG